AUGAUCUCUUUAAGACAACGAACUGCUGGGUUAAAAGCAAUUUUAAACCCAACCCGUUCUAUCACAUAUCUACACUCAGGAACUAGAGUAAGGGGUUUGAAAAGGGACCCAGCAAGUUUUUUGGUUAGUCCUAAAGGUGUUAAAUAUGAUGAAUUGAAUAGAACUGAAUUUAAUGAAAAAAUUGAUAAAAUUUUGAACCUGUCAAAAUAUGAUAUAAAAGUACCAAAUGAUUUAUUAUUACAAUGCUUUACUCACAAAUCCUUUGCACAUGGUAUUAAACCUUACAAUGAAAAGUUAUCCUUGUUAGGUUUACAAUUUUUAAAAUUACAAGCUGGUAUAUAUUCCAUUAGUCAAUCGGUAAAUUUAUCACCAGUACAGGCAGGAAAGAUUCAAAAACAAAUUGACAACUUGAAUUUUACUAAUCUAGGUACACAAUUCUCAAAAUUAAUUAUAUCUAAAUAUUCAACUUCGAAGUUUAUCAUUGAAAAAAAUUUGGAUUCGUUGAUCUUUUGGAAAAUGAGAGAUCCAUUCAAGGCUAAGAAUUAUAAUGGUGACCAUACCAUUAAUUCUACAGUCUUAGCUGCAUUGAUUGGUGGUAUAUUAAAAACUAAUGGUCCUGCAAAGACUGCAAAUUUUAUUACAGGUGAGUUGUUAAAUAAUGACAACACCGCUUCUUUAUUAAAAUUUGCUAAUGAAAAACAAAGUAUAGACCAAAAUAAGAUUGAAUAA